CUCUAAAACACACCAGUCUUCCAACGACCGGCCAGCACGUCGACUCUACCGCCGCUGCCUCCGUGGAACUGUGCUCGCUGUCUUCUUCUCUGCGUUAACGCAGCUACAUUUCUUUGUCCAUCAGCUAAGGAUGUACGGGUAUCGAACUCUAACGCUGUAUUCAGAUGGCAACUCGUAAAGAAUCGCCCGAAGUAGCAUCCAUGCAGGAGAAAGCUCACAAAGGUUCUUCAAGUUUUGGAUCCAAGCAUAAAUAUCGUGAACAUGCAAGAGAUAGGGAGAGAGAGUCUCAAAACAGAGACAGGGAGAGGGAAAGAGGUAGCGACAGGGAGAGGGAAAGAGGUAAAGACAGGGAUCGAGAAAGGGAGAGGAACAGCGAGCGAGAUAGGGAAAGGGAUAAGGAUAUGGAUAGAUACAGGGAAAGGGAAUGGUAUAUGGAUCGUGAUCGACAUCACCGAGAUCGCCACAGAUACCGAAGUCAGAAAAGGGAGAGGACCAGAGAUAGGGAUGCUUAUGUUGAAAGGCGGAAAGAUUAUGAUAAAAAUAGGGAGGGCAGGCACCGACACAGAUCUAGGUCUCAUUCAAGGGCCAAGUCUGAGCACAGAUCAAGGUUGCGACCCCGUUCACGUUCAAAAAGAAAAAGGAUGAGUGGUUUCGACAUGGCUUCUUCUGCUGCAUUGCUUCCAAAUACAGCUGUUGCUGUUGCAGGUCAGUUUCCAGUAGCCGCUCCCACAAGUCAAGGAGUGUUCCCUUAUAUGAUGCCUUUGCCAGGUGGACAGUUUGGAGCCCGCCCUGUUAUGCCUGUUCAGACAAUGACUCAGGAGGCUACCAGGCAUGCUCGCAGGUUCUAUGUUGGUAGACUUCCACCAACUGCUAAUGAACAGUCAGUGGCAACAUUCUUUAGACAUGUUAUGUCAGCAAUUGGAGGAAAUACUGCUGGUCCAGGAGAUGCUGUUUUGAAUGCUUACAUUCACCCUGAAAAGAAAUUUGGUUUUGUGGAGAUGAGAUCAGUUGAAGAGGCUAGCAAUGCAAUGGCUUUAGAUGGCAUUAUUUUUGAGGGUGCACCUGUUAAAGUUAGAAGAUCGAGUAACUAUAAACCCUCGCUUGCUGCCACUCAGGGCCCCAGUCAACCUAAUCCCAAUCUGAAUCUUGCAGCUGUUGGGUUAACACCAGGAUCUGCUGGGGGGCUUCAAGGCCGUGACCGCAUAUUUGUUGGUGGGUUGCCAUAUUAUUUCACAGAAUCGCAAAUCAGGGAGCUGCUCGAAUCCUUUGGACCACUUCGGGGUUUUGAUCUGGUUAAAGAUAGAGAAACAGGGAACUCCAAGGGCUAUGCAUUUUGUGUUUACCAGGACUUAUCUGUUACUGAUAUUGCUUGUGCAGCUCUUAAUGGGAUAAAGAUGGGUGAUAAAACGCUUACUGUUAGGCGUGCUAAUCAAGGUACGACACAGCCUAAACCCGAGCAGGAGAGUGUGUUAUUGCAUGAACAACAACAAGUUGCAUUACAGAGACUCAUGUUAGCACCUAAUAUUGAAUCAGUUACAAAGGUUGUUUGCUUAACAAAUGUGGUUGCCCCCGUUGAGCUCAUGAAUGACGAUGAUUAUGAAGAUAUACUCGAAGACAUGAGAACUGAAUGUGGGAAGUUUGGUAUGUUGGUGAACUUAGUAAUUCCUCGUCCCGUUGCUGGUGUAGAAAAUGCACCAGGUGUAGGGAAGGUGUAUUUGGAAUAUGCGGACACUGAAAGUGCUGUAAAAGCUCGGCAAGGACUGAAUGGAAGGAAAUUCGGUGGAAAUGAGGUUGUUGCAGUUUUCUACCCAGAAGAUAAGUUUUCGGAGGGAGAUUACAGCGGAUAGUGUAGGACUGGAAAGUUUUAGGCUUGCUUUAUAAUACAAGCAAGUUUCACUUUUGAAUUAGAUAUUAUAAUCCAAGCAAGCUUCACAUAGAUUUGAAGCGCAACCGUGCAAAAAAUUCAAGGAAGCCGAGAUUUAUUCCUUCAAAUUUUAUCUAGUGUUUUUUUGUUA